AUGGCUAACCUGCAGCAGGAAUACCCUGGGGUCCUUCUUGGGAUCCUAGAGGAAUUGGCCAAUAUGAGGCAAUGGCUGACGUUCCAGGACCUUUGCCGCAUGGUCAGCACCCGCUUUGACCUAGAGCAUCUCAUCGAGCUCAGGAGUUUGCUGUUUGCUGCUGCCAGCCGGGACCCCUGUUUCCCAGCCACUCUCUUCAGAGACCGGGUUUCCACCAGAGGCCAAGGGCUAUCACCCAUAGGCGUCGCUGCUGACAUUGUAACUAUCUUCAAUCUUAUUCAGAUGACGGGUGGGGCUCCUGAUGACAGUCAGCCAAUGAGAGCCCAGACAAUCCUCCCUGUUGACCAGUCCCCAGGCCCCAGUCUGCCUGGAAUCCACCAGCUGAACAUUCCUGGUCAAGAGAGAGCACGCUCCCACUCCGAUUCCAGUGGUGGGCCUAUCGACCAGCAUUUGCUGUUUCCGAGAUCUAAUUACUCUGCCCGCAAGCGAGCGAGUCUUCCGCCCGAUCCCAUCUCACUUGUGUCCUCCCCUCCAAUCAGGGCGAGGGCUGUGUCCUUCGACUUGCCUCAUACAACACUCUUGUACCCUAGUGGUCAAAUCUCCAGCGAGGUCAUGAAGAAUAUCUACUUGCCUUUGGAAACGGACAGUGAGUCUAGUGGAGAUUCCGCACCUGUGGAGGUGUUUGAACCUGAACAGGGAUCAUCUGUUGACCAGAAGAGAAACAUCUUUAGGAAGGACUUCCAUAACCAGCCGCCUCUAAUACCCCAGGUGACUGUCAGCAGUGAGUCUCCUAGUCCCAAAACGGGGCAGAAAGGCUUUGACAAUCACAGCUUUGAAAAUAUUCCGAAUCCUUACCCGUCACCAACAACAGUCCACCAAUCGCCAGAGCAGCGGGCUAAACAUGAAAGCCUUGACGACCUGCAGGACUCAACUUAUUUCGGACCUGGGUCAGCCCCAGAGUGGUCCCCCCGACACCUCCAGCCUCCCAAGGCCCCGAGGCCCAUCUGGGGCAACAAGAGUCACAGUCUAGAGGACCGGAUAGGCAUGGGCAGCAUUGGGAUGGGGAUGGAAUCACAAGGGGGGCAACUUCCAAGACGAUCAACCCCUGCUAUCAGCAAAUUGGGGUCCUCGGGAGGUGAGAGUGGGGAUAGUGGAUUGCCAAGUGGAGGUGAUGCAGUCAAGGCACAGGGAACCCAGACAGACCUACCGGACCCCCGGCGCCUCCGUAGCCUGGUCCACGCAGAUCGCCUCUCUUUCAUGACCUCAUUGGAUGACCCUGAGUUUGGUGAGGAUGACAUCAGUGCCAUCUUUCGUUUCUUAGAUGACAUAAGCAUGUGUGGCUCCACAGGAGUCCUGCACCCCAGUGAUGGAACGGGGACCAUCAACCAGGACACCCCCGAGGCCAGACGUGGUCGCCUAGGUCAACUCCAAAGGCUUUUCCACUCCUUGGAAAGCAGUGACGAUGGGCUGAAGGCCAGUGUCUGUAAGCUGCUACUCCGUAUGAGCCAGAUAGAAAGACAACUGGAGUCACUGAAUGAUGUAAAGGCUGAGAUUUCCCAGGUGCUCUCUGCUCUGCAGCGACUGGAUGAAAAGAUCCAGCAGCCUGUCGGUGGUGGACAAAGCGGCGGGCGAUGGCUGGAGCCUCUCAGUGGUGUCUCCUCCUUUAUUAGCCACCCUAUAACUCCUUCUGACUCAUCAGAUCCUCAACCUCUUUCUGCAUCUGGACAUCUGUUUCCAGGGACCAGCACUAGUAGUCUGGACUGGAGCCGAUGGAACUCUCCCCCGGACCAAACAGAGAGCAGCAAAGGUCAGGCUGAUUCUAAGGGGGUGAAAGAAGGGAAGAAGGAUCCAUCAUCCCGACGUGCCUCCAAAACACAGCCUGAGGAGAAAAGUGUGUCUGAUUCCAAACAGCAGAAUGUUUCUAACUCUGCAAGAGACUGGACAGUGUCAUUCUCAAAAAGUAAAGAUGGCAAAGGCUCACAUGGAAAAACUGGACAGACAGAUCAGUCAGGCAGCACAGCUAACCUACUCUCCCAAAAAUCCUCCAACCUGGUGGACCAAGUGUUUAAUUCAUCCCUGUUCCGCCACAAAGACAGCAGUCUGACAGGUGGGCUAACCUCUGGGAAGAUCAUUGACGCCAGAUCGGCUGAGGGGAGGGGUAGACCCAUCUGGACUGUAGAUGACAGAGAGGCACGAAUCUCCCCUUUGGACUUACAGGCUCAGGAGUCUCUUAACCCCAACAACAUGGAAUUCUGGAUGGAUGACAUCUACACUCCAGGCUACGAUGCUCUGCUCAGGCGUAAAGAGGCAGACCAGCGCCGGGCCAAGAUCUGCAAGCUGAUUGCACUCAUUGCCACUGCAGUAGCUAUCAUUCUCAUCAUUGUCAUUCCUAUUUGCACCAUAGGCUCGUGA